AUGAACAGGACCAAUAUAAAAGGCAGCCCAGUUCCCAGCUCUCCCAUCCACUUCUCUUGCCUGCCUCUUGCUGGGAACCAGGUGCACCUCCAGUCCCAAGUCAUGUCCUGCUACACCCAGUGUGUGCCAUGCCGGCCCUGCGGCCCGACCCCUCUGGCCAGCAGCUGCAAUGAGCCCUGUGUCAGGCAGUGCCAGAACUCCACCAUCGCCAUUGAGCCCUCUCCCGUGGUGGUGACCCUGCCCGGACCCAUCCUCAGCUCCUUCCCGCAGAACACCGUUGUGGGCUCCUCCACCUCCGCUGCUGUUGGCCGCAUCCUCAGCUCUGAGGGCGUGCCCAUCACCUCGGGGGGCUUUGACUUGUCCGGCUUGGGCAGCCGCUCCUGUGGCAGAAGGUGCCCGCCCUGCUGAAGCCGCUGGUCCUGGAGAAUUUCGUCCAUGAGCCACGAACACAGUGCUGGAUCAAGAUGGAAUCUUCAAGCCCCUGCUUGACCCUACUCCGAUGCUCUAGGAAAUGUUGAGAGCAAGAGGCAAUGCCAUGCUUUCUGAAAACAUGGCUCAUGUCUCUUUGUGGUGUCCCCUACUCACCCCUUUAUUUCCAUUUUCUUUUUUUUCCCUCUCUUCAUCUCCGAUGGGCUAUGAGGCUCCUCAGAACCGUUCUGUUCCCUUCCAAAAAGGCAGGAACAAGCCUUGCAUGAGCUCGGAUUUGGGUCUGUGUGAAUCCCGCACUGUGGAGCCUUUGCUCAGUGUGACUUCAUUUUCCUCUAUAAACAUUUGUCAUAGUUCUAUGUUUUUUUGUUUUUGGGUUUCAGUAUUCCACAUCAAAACACCAUGUAGUGUACAGGGUAUUAAAGCGUUAAUGCCCCAAUUCCAGGUUCCUAUCCCUGUACAUUACAGCAGUCACGGGAUCUGGGCCUUCCGGCUGGGGGGGCACUCUCUUGGUGCCUUGCAGUGGGUGCUGGACGUGCUUUCCUGGCCGUUCCAAGCUUUUCAGGUUUGACUCGG